GCGAUCAGUAGUUUCUGUGUCAAAACGAAACCAGUUUAAAGUGCGUGCUGAAAUCGGACAUUGGCUGUUAUUUCUUUAAAAUGUAAUUUAUUUUGUCACAUGUUAUGCGGAGUUUGAUGUUUUACAUUGUGAAGAAUGUUUGAGGCGGUUUUCUUCUGUUUGUGUCUGUUGAUCGAGUUUAAAGGUGUGUUUGGUGAUAAUUCAGAUGAAUUGAAGACAGUUUUGGAGGGAGAUUCUGUCACUCUUCACACUAAUAUUACUGAAGUACAGAGAGAUUAUCAGAUACUGUGGAGGUUUGGACCUCGAAACACUCGAAUAGCUGAAAUCUUUAAAAGGGACCAAAUAAACUUUAUUUCGGUCAGUAAUGAUGAAAUAUUCAGAGAUAAACUGCAACUGAACAAUCAGACUGGAUCUCUCACCAUCAAGAACAUCAGAAUCACUCAUACUGGACUUUAUCAGGUUGAGAUCAUCAAUGAUGGAGGAACUUCAUACAAGAGAUUCAGUGUUACUGUAUACGCUCCUCUUCCUGUUCCUGACAUUACCAAUUACUCUUCAACCUGUUCUUCAUCAUCAUCAGGAAGAUCAUUGAGCCCAAAAUGUGUCUUUAAAUGUUCAGUAAUGACUGUGACACAUGUGACUCUCUCCUGGUACAAAGGAAACAGUUUAUUGUCCUCCAUCAGUGUGUCUGAUCUCAACAACAGUCUCUCUCUACCUCUGGAGGUGGAAUAUCAGGAGAACAACACCUACAGCUGUGUGAUCAACAAUCCCAUCAGAAACCAGACUAAACAUCUCGACAUUACUGAAGUCUGUCAGAUGUGUUCAGAACAGACACGUUCAUAUCUCAUGUCACUGAUAGUUGCUGCAGUUGUGCUGCUGGUGAUAAUUGCAGUUUGUGGAGUGAUUUACAGGCACAUCAGAGAUCGUAAACAAGCAAGUCAAGAGGGAAAUAAAGAACUUCCCUGAACUGCCAUCAAAGACCAUGAGCCUCCUUGAGCUUAUCACUUUUAUGCAUGAUAAGGAUCUAUCGGAGAUCUACCCCAAUUUUUGGACUGCUAUCAGGAUUGCACUUUCUCUGCCAGUCACUGUGGCUCAAGCAGAGAGGAGCUUUUCAAAACUAAAGUUGAUCAAGUCAUACCUGAGAUCAACCAUGUCCCAGGAACGGCUCACUGGCCUUGCCGGUCAUCAGUAUCAAUCACUCAAUAGGGGAGCAGAUUUCAUACGAUGACAUCAUUGAUGAUUUUGCAUCAAGGAAAGCCAGAAAAGUCAGGUUUAAGUUUUAGUUUGUGUUUUCUGUUCUUAGUGCAAUAGUGUAAUAAUUAGAUUCUCUUUAGUGUGUUUUCACAUUUGUGUGUAAUAUAUAAUAUAUAUAUUCUAUUCUAUAUUUUAUUUGUAUAUUAUUCUUAAUGUGUUAUAUUAUUGUUACUCUCUGCACUUGUUACAUUUUUUAUAUAUCUGAUUGUAUAUAUGUUUGGCACAUUUAUGUAUAUAGUGUAUAUUUAAGUUCUGAUAACUGUCAUAGUUUGCCAAAAGACAAUGAACACAAUUCUGCACAAUGUCGGAUGAAGGAUUUGUGCAAUUGAGAAAUAUAAAUGUCUCUUUAAGAGAAAUGUUGUUAUAAUAAAAUAUGACUGUUGCACACCGUAAUACGGUAAGAAUGUAAUGAAUGUAACUUUAUAAAACUGAACGUAACUCAGAAACUAUCAAAAAUAUUCCAUUACAAAAGAAGAAAAACACAAUUAAUAUGAAAAAAAAAAAAAAUUAACUCAAGCGCACGAAUUUAACAGGCUCUUCAAAUAUGCUUAAUGUUUUCGCAAAUCGUGGAUUCUGAAUACAUUGCCACAGAUUUCGCUUACGCUUCGCAGUUUUUCGUUUGCUGUUUUGAGACAAACCUCUCGUGGGGGUGGGCUUAACAGUGAUCUACUCUGAUUGGAUAGUGAGCUUUUGAUGGACAGGUGCUCUCUGACCCGGAUGUACAGACGUCAUUCAGUGGCGCGCAUAUUGGAAAGCUCUCGCGGUGAUUUGUAGUUAUGCAAUACGUCGUGCUUUGUUGUAUUACUUACUAACAAUAUAUAAAUAAUAUUUGACCUAUAAUUAUAUAAUUUAAUAUUAUAUGAGACCUUCGAUCGUCUAAUAAUCGUCUUCGAUCAGUCUGUAAAUAUGAGCUCUCAGGAGAGACACGGAGCGGCAUCAUCUUCCUCCUCCUCUUGUCCUUCAAGGCAGCUUGAAGUAAGUUCGUGUUACUGAAGUAACCAAUAACAUCGAUAAAAGUUUUAUUCAUGUAACGUUACAGUGUGCAACAGUUCUGGCUUUAUUUUGCAAAUUUAUUGUUUAACCACUUCAGCUCUGCAGGAUAUUUUGAAUUAGGAAUUAGGCAUAUCUGAAUUUAAAAGAGCGUCCUGCCCACUUUCAUUGGAGUAAAUGGAUAGAAAUUGUCUCAUUUUACAGAAAACACUCUAAAUUUCAACACAGUGGUGGAAUAUUGCAUAUAUUUUAUUGUUUUUAUUCACAAUGUUUUGAUAAACACAUAAAAUAUGUGGUUCUCGACCAAUAAAGAGGCUCGGGCUCAAUUUAAAGGAGCGUGAAAGGAUUGCAGCAGAGGUGAGUAUUUUAUAGAAAUUAGUCAAUUUACCAAUUUACAUUUUUGUUGUGCUGCAGAGAUGUCCUGCCCACAUAUCAUAUUCUUCAGACUCAAGAAAACAUUUUUUGUUUGGUAUAAAUCCUUACAAAAAUCAUAAUUUUAAUAUUAUACAACA